AAAAAAAAAAAAAAAAAAAAAAAAAAAAAAAAGACUCUCUGGCUUCUCCUUUUCUCCGAUCCGGCAGCACCGACCGAUGAAUAAAUAGUCGCAGCCCGCUGUGCAAGCACCGAGCCUGGGUUCAUAGCCGGAGUGUCCCCCCCUCCUCCUUGCAGUAGCACCGUAGUCAUUUUAUUAUAGCCGCAGCAAGACACGGGGCUAGCAGCUGCAGUGAACCACAGCGCGGCCGGCGUGUUUCUUUGGAUGGUAGUUUAUAAAAAAAUAAAAUAAAGAAGGAAAUGGAGACGAUUGUUAAUAUUUCUGUAACUCUUUUUUUUGGUACGGGAGAGGAAGGAAAGGUGUAGGUUGGGGGGCGGGGAGGGGGGUAUUGUGUGGACCGGCGAGGCUUGCACAAACUGCUUGAUUAACGGCCGCGGUGCACCUGGCCUGAGAGACGCGGAGAGGCAUUUCUGCACCGAGCCCGUGUGCCGUGGACCGGCCGAGGCGGCUUCACUCAAGGCCCCCCCGCCCGCCCGCUUGCUGAGUGUGGGGGCUCGUCGCUGCACCCCGAGGCCGUCCGAUGAACCCCAUGAAACCCUCCCUGCCUCCGACCCCAAACAGCGACGGCUCGUAUUCGUAUGAUUCUGUCUCCUGGCAGCAAGGCGCCAACCAGCCCCCUGGCUCUCUGUCUGUGGUGACGACUGUGUGGGGGGUGACCAAUAACUCGCCCAGCCAGCAGGUUCUGGGGAACCCGAUGGGCCCGGGUGGGAAUUCGGGGGGCAGUCACAUGCUGCCGGGCAGCAACCCCGGAAUGAACUCUCCGCAGUUCAUGGGUCAGCAGGGGUACCCCGAACACGUGCCCAACAAGGGGUACCUUCAGCACAACAUGUACAGCCGGGGGGGGUACCCCACCUCGCAGGGCUAUGGGGGGGGCAGUUACCCUGGAGGUCCCAGUGGCCCCGGCUCGAUGGGGCUCCAGCAGCACGGGUCCCGCCCCACCUCGGACUUCACGCAGGCGGCCGCCGCCGCCGCGGUAGCAGCAGCAGCUGCCACGGCAACCGCCACUGCCACGGCAACAGUCGCCGCGUUGCAGGAGAAACAGAACCAGGAGCUGGGCCAGUACGGGCCGAUGGGUGGCCCCUCCUCCUACAACAGUCAAUUCAUGCCUCACUCUGGGCCCCGGGGGCCCCCGGGCAUGGCGGGGGGGGUGGGCCACGCUGGCAUGGCUGCCAUGGGCAUGGGCCCCUCCCGCCCCCCCUCGAUGGGGCCCAUGUACGCAGCGGCCCAGGGGCAGCGGCUCCCCCAGCACCCUGGAUAUCCUGGGCCCCCCCAGGGCCAACAGAUGGGCCCACGCGGACAGCAGGGGCUCAAGAGAACCUACAGCGCUGAGUAUGGCGCUGGCCCUGGCAAUGCCGCGCCUACCCCCCCCCCCCAGCGCUCGGCCCUCUCCCCCUCCUACCCCGGUCACAGGAUACCCCUGCAGCAGGGGCAGUACCAGCCGGGUCCCCCCAACCCCACCCAGUACUUCAAGUCAGCUGAUCACUUCAAUGGACAGGGCAGCAGCCUGGCAGGAGGAGGAGGGUACAGCAGCUUCACCCAGCAGCCAGUCAGUGGGCCUGCCCGUGUGAUGCCAGGGUAUCCCAGUUCUCCUCUCCCAGGGAACCCCACUCCGCCCAUGACCCCAGGAAGCAAUAUGGCCCCCUACAUGUCCCCCGGACAGGAUGUGAAGUCUCCCUUCCUGCCGGACCUCAAACCCAACAUCAACGCGCUGCCACCGCCACCCCCUUCAGGUAACCCUAGCGAUGACCUGCGGCUGACCUUCCCUGUGCGGGACGGCGUGGUGCUCGAACCCUUUCGACUGGAGCACAACCUGGCCGUAAGCAACCACGUGUUCCAGCUGCGAGACUCCGUGUACAAAACACUCACGCUGAGGCCGGAUCUGGAGCUGCAGUUCAAGUGUUAUCACCAUGAGGACCGACAGAUGAACACGAACUGGCCGUCUUCUGUGCAGGUGAGCGUGAACGCCACGCCGCUGUCCAUCGAGCGCGGGGACAACAAGACCUCCCACAAGCCGCUGUACCUGAAGCAGGUGUGCCAGCCGGGCCGGAACACCAUCCAGAUCACCGUCACCGCCUGCUGCUGUUCUCACCUGUUCGUGCUGCAGCUGGUUCACAGGCCCUCCGUCCGCUCGGUGCUGCAGGGGUUAAUGAAGAAACGUCUGCUGCCUGCCGAGCACUGCAUCACCAAGAUCAAGCGGAACUUCAGCAACGGGACAAUCCCGGGGACGCCCGGUCUUAAUGGGGAGGACGGGGUGGAGCAGACGGCCAUCAAGGUGUCUCUGAAGUGUCCCAUCACCUUCCGCAGAAUCCAGCUGCCAGCCCGGGGGCAUGACUGCAGACACAUACAGUGUUUUGAUCUGGAGUCCUAUCUGCAGCUGAACUGUGAGAGAGGAACGUGGCGUUGUCCUGUGUGCAAUAAAACGGCGUUAUUAGAAGGACUGGAAGUAGAUCAGUACAUGCUGGGAAUCCUUAUUUACAUCCAGAACUCUGACUUCGAGGAGAUCACCAUCGACCCGGCCUGCAGCUGGAAGCCGGUUCCGAUCAAGCCCGAUAUCAAGGAGGACCCGGACGGGCCGGCGCCGAAGUGCUGCCGCACCAUGAGCCCCAGUCACAUGAUCCUGCCCAACGUCAUGGAGAUGAUCGCCGCGCUCGGACCCGGCUCCUCGCCAUACCCUGGGCUGCCUGCAGGGGGCAGCGGAGCCACGCCGGACUACGCUGGCCAGAACUCGGGGUACCCCAGCCAGCCCGGCUUCGCUGACUUCCCCCCCGGUGCUCCCCUGCCUCUGGGGGAGUUUGCCCCGGGGCCACCCCCCCUCUCAUAUCAGUCCGACCUGCCCAGUGGCCUGCUGACCCCUGAGAAACCUGGGAGCAACACCGUGCCUGGACAGAUGUCUCUCCCUGGGAGGAUGGAUCAGUCCCACAAUGCUUUGCAGCAGCACCACCAGGGUCUCCAAGGCAACCCUCACCUUGGCAACCAGGCCCCGCCCCUCCACUCCCGUAACCCUUCCCAGAAUGCCCGGCUACAGCAGGUUGCCGGGGGGACGGGCCCCCACGGGCAUUCCGAAGGGUCCUUUGGGCCUGGAAUGGGGGGGCCGGGAGAGGUGCCUGAGCCAUCUCUCGAUUUGCUUCCGGAGCUGACGAACCCCGAUGAGCUCCUCUCGUACCUUGGCCCCCCCGACCUGCCCAGCAACAGCAGCGAGGACCUGCUCUCCCUCUUUGAGAACAACUAGGACUACAACUCCCAGCAUCCACUGCACAGCACGCCAACAGACAGACUACUCCCCACGUCCAGGAGACCACAAUACCCAGAGCCCACCUAUAGUCAACACAGGAAGUACAUCUCCCAGAGCGCACCGCUGGCUGAAGCUGAUAUCCACAGCUUCUGCAUGUGGCUGUGAGAACCGACAGAAACUACAUCUCCCAGAUUCCCCUGCGGUCAGCGGAGGCACACAGCACAGUGCGUCUGGUCUUAUUGAGAGUUCUGGAAGCGAAGAUAAAACUAAAUCGAGGGAUGGAGGAAGCCUAGAAUUUGUAAAUCUUGAAUAAUAAAAAAAAAAAAAAAACACUAUCCCAGGUGCUUCUUUUUAUUGGAAAAAAAAAUCUAUUUGAGAAAUUAUUUGCACCAUCUUUCUUUUUUAUCAAAUCAAGUGUUUAAAAAGAAAAGGGAGAGAAAAUUGAGCAUCAUAAUUAACGAGGGUCUCGAUCCAACCCCGUUUCUCUGUUCCAGGGACUUCCAGUUGCUGUUUUCCGAGGCGUUGCUGUCAUUUUGAAGCCCGGUUUAAUUAAACACGGCGUGGUGAGAAUCUCGUUUUAAACACAACGCUGCUGGUUGGAAUUGAUUUCAUCAGGAAUGGAUUUUAAAAACUGGAAUUGAGGAGAGCCCGGGUUCACCCAGCCCCGUCCCCUGCGGCUUGAGCCAGGAUGCGAGGUGCAGUACCUGGUGCUGGACAGUAGAGGGUGGUGGACUGCUUCAGGAAUCCUUGUUCUUAAUAAGUUUUAUUCAAUAAACAAUAAUUAAUAAUACAAAAUAAAAAAUAAAAAAAAAUGAAUUUAGUUUUUUUAAUUUUUCGGUCUUGAAUCUACAAGGCCGCGCAGAAGAAUUUUGCUCCAGAAUGGACAGUAACGCUGGUAUUAUUAUCCUCUGAUGCUGUACAGAGAAAGAUUUCUCUCUGUAUUGGAGAGAAUGAAAAAGAAAUUGAAAUUAAAAGGUGAAGUUUA